GCUAGAGCCAGGAAGCUUCAGUCAUUCAACUCCGAGCAGCCCAUGAACCUCACUCGGUUGUUGUGUGCAGGGCAGGGCAGCAACCUGUCACCACCAGUGCGACACGCCCCAACACGCGCAUCUGAGCUGCGUACCCCAUCCAUCACCCUAACGCGAUCAACCUAUGUACUAGUCCGGUAGGUAUCUACCUAGGUUCUAUCAUUUGCACCUUCACAUAACCACGCACACUAGUCGGCCACCCAGCUAUUCAAGAUACCCGAGUUGCCGAUAUCGUGUGCCAGACAUCCCUACGUAACGACACUGUUGAGCACGCACACCGCGUCGGAAGGCGGCGACAAACACGGAACUCUCCCCAGACGACCCCCAAGCGUUAGGUUCCAACAAUUGGAAGACAGGGGCUUGAACUAGAUCGCCAAAACCUGCUAAUUUUGCAGCCGAUAGCCUCCCGAGCUUGUCGCGUACUUGACUGCCGUAUCAUCUGAACACCAAACUCUGUGGUCGCUUCUGCCGUCAGUCGCCCUACCCGCUGCGAGCGUAUCUCACCUUACCGCACCACCCACUCCGGCACCGCUACCCAAUAACACCGCUUGCUCGACCAUCUACACACCCCUUUUCCAUCCGAUCUAUCACAAGUCAGCUCCGGCCUUGUUUGUCCGUAAUCGUCCUCCUAGAGACGGUCACUGGACACUCCAUCUUUACAUAGUUCCAAAGUACUGGCCAAUUUGUGGUCCUGAAGGAAACGAGACCGGAACUCUCCCAUUUCACCAAGGCUCCACCCCCACGGUCUCAUACUCCCGACACCCGACCCUAGACAUCCCCGUCGCUCCAUCAUGGCUUCGGCGUCUUUCCGAGACUCGCUGAGCUCUCUAGGGUGGUCCCGCCGAGAAGCGGACAUUCCUGUCAACACGUCCCAACAGCGCGGCCUACUAUCAUCCAUCAAGUCUCUCAACCCCUUCGGCAAUGGUGGCUAUGUUCAACUACCAACGACUGAAGGCCCCGGUGCUGCUCUUCCAGCCCCUACCCGUCGAGAAGAGGAAGAAGGCUGGUUUGUUUUGAGCCGGUGGGACCGCAUGCUGAUUUUCGCUGCUUGCAAUCUGGGCGCGCUGGCCUGCUUCGUCCUGGCCUUCGCCUUGUUCCCAGUGUUGUCACUAAAGCCGCGCAAGCUCGUAAUCCUGUGGACACUCGGCUCGAUACUCUUCAUCACGUCCUUUGCGGCUAUGAUGGGACCUUGGGCGUACUUGAAGCACCUGACCUCUGGUACAAGGUUGCCUUUUACAUCGGCAUACUUUGGCUCCUUGAUUCUGACCAUGUACUUUGCUCUUAGCCUACACAGCACCAUCCUCACCCUCCUCUCCGCCCUCGUCCAGAUGGCGGCUCUGAUCUGGUACCUAGUCAGCUACUUCCCUAUGGGGGCGGAUGGUCUUCGCGUUGCGACGUCCUUCGGGGCCCGCAGAGCCGCCGCCUGGAUGUCUGGGUGAAUAAAUGGAUGAUUUCAGAUGGGUGUACGCUUGUGGUAGGCGGCUUGGCAGUGCGCUUGUCUGCUGCAGGGCAUCUUUGACACGUUCGUGCUCCGACAAUGCGUCUUUCGGAUUGCGUGUAUACUUGAAGCAGGCUUUGUCAAGUAUGGGUUAUGGAUAGUGCCGUAAAUAAUACAAGUCAAUCUUAUCAGAAAGACUCGCGGUUGUUAUUCACAAUACCAUGACUUGUUUCAACGCCACUGCAGUACGUAUACUUUCAACAAGCCUACCUCUUCCGCCUCCGCCUCUCCCUCUUCCCAGACCAGUUCAUGCAUUCCGUCACAGGUCAUCACCUCGAGUCACUUGACAAUCCAUGCUCUCGAGUCCGUUGGAGUUGCUCAGCAUGGUGACGGACGGCUUAAGGGCAAGGCAACCCGAAUCCAAGUGGAACGUACUUUACUUACGCUGGCGAUCUCUCGUCAUGGGAACUGUGCUUGCUGGCACCGAACGAACCAAACCAACCGAGUGGGAACCUCGAGCAGAACUUGAUGAGCCAUAUCCCAUCUGACUGGAAGCUAUCUUCACAUCCACACCCACACACUCACAGUCAUUGGCACCACAACCGCAAGACAAACCUGUGGAGGCUGGAGCGAACUUGGUUAACACGAUCUACGACGCAGCGGAUGGCUAUCCCAUGCCUAUUAGGUGCAUGUCCAUCACCGAACCAAGUUCACCGCCCUCGCCCAGACGUGGAAACUUCAUCAAGGAUGGACGAUGAUUUGACAAGGACUUGUAUCACGCCUGCUGCUACUGCUGCCAAUAUCUUGCAGCCGCCAUAGAGAGAGAUAUCCCGUGCCAUAUCUGUCUCAUUGUCUCCAGUCACUUCCCCUUCCAUGAUGCCCACAUCACCCUGCUGUCAGUUGUCAUAGCCAAGGCACGAUUUGCAUGCAGGCAGGGGGAAAACAAGGUGAGAAGAGCCAUUCUAUUCGUCUGCACUAUCUAUCAUUCUACCAAGCCAAAUCCC